ACGAAAAUAGAAAUGGACUCAGAAACAACAAUGAAAAUCAACAAAUUAAAAUACUUUGUCUAAAAAAAAAAAAAAAAAAAAGGGUUUUCUUAAAAUUGCAUGUAUUCUAUACUUAUCCAAUUAACAGGCUAAAACCCCAGACGGCUGUUCAUAUCCAAUUUAACCCAAAUUUAACCUGUCUCAUAUCAAUUCUUCAUUUUAUCUAGGUAACAACAAAUUCCAAUAAUUUAUUCAAUACCCAUUAUAAUAUAAGCUUGGAUUAAUAUUUUAUUUCAUAAAAAAAUGGAGGGAUUAAUUCGAUGUUCUGCAAAUUAUGUACCAUUAUCUCCAAUAAGCUUUCUGGAAAGAGCAGCAAUUGUUUACAGAGAUGAAUUCUCUGUUAUUUAUGGAAAUGUCAAGUUUACAUGGAGAGAGACUCUCAUUCGCUGCACUAAACUCGCUUCUGCUCUUACCCAACUCGGCAUUUCUUACGGCGAUGUUGUUGCUGCUUUGAUCCCUAACAUUCCAGCAAUGUAUGAGUUGCAUUUUGCGGUUCCAAUGGCUGGGGCAAUCCUUUGUGCCUUUAAUACCCGUCAUGACUCUGGAAUGUUGUCUGUUUUGCUAAAACAUUCAAAAGCAAAAGUCAUCUUUGUAGAUUCCCAAUUUUUUAAUGUUGUACAAGGUGCAUUGGAUAUUUUGUCAAAUUCAAGCUCAAGGCUUCCUCAAAUUGUCAUAGUUAUUGAUGAACAGUUGAUGCCAGUUGGAAAUGUCAUGUCCCCUUCUGGAACAUUGGAAUAUGAAAAUAUUUUAGCAACAGGUAAAACUGAAUUUGAGAUCCGAAGGCCAAAAGAUGAAUGUGACCCUAUUGCAUUAAAUUAUACUUCGGGGACGACUUCGAGCCCUAAAGGUGUAGUUUACAGCCACAGAGGUGCAUACCUGAACUCUAUUGCUACAGUUCUAAUAAAUGAAAUGCUUACAAGACCUGUAUAUCUGUGGACUGUUCCUAUGUUUCAUUGCAAUGGUUGGUGCUUUACAUGGGGUGUAGCAGCUCAGGGUGGGACAAACGUCUGCCUACGCAAUGUUAUUGCAAAGGAUAUAUUCAGUAGUAUUGCUAAGCAUAAAGUUACCCACAUGAGCGGUGCACCAACAGUUUUAAACAUGAUCAUAAAUUCUCCUGAUGAUGAUAAGAAACCUCUUCCAAACAAGGUGGUAAUGGUGACAGGUGGUGCCCCACCUCCUCCACAGGUAAUUUUCAAAAUGGAAGAACUUGGGUUUACUGUAAUACAUGGAUAUGGGCUGACAGAAACUUACGGCCCUGCUACAGUUUGUGUUUGGAAGCCUGAGUGGGAUUGCUUACCUCCAAAUGAUAGAGCAAAAUUAAAGGCCCGGCAAGGAGUGCUUACUACUGGGCUUGAGGAAGUUGAUGUAAAAGAUCCCGUUACUAUGAAAAGUGUUCCUGCUGAUGCAAAGACACUGGGCGAGGUUAUGAUUAGAGGAAAUACUGUCAUGAAUGGAUAUUUGAGAGACCAGAAGGCUUCCCAGGAGGCUUUGAAGGAUGGAUGGUUUCAUAGUGGAGACUUGGGUGUUAAGUACCCUGAUGGUUAUAUUGAGUUAAAGGACCGAUCAAAAGAUAUUAUAAUUUCUGGCGGUGAGAAUAUUAGCACAAUUGAGGUAGAAUCUGUACUGUUUAGUCAUCCGGCUGUCCUAGAAGCUGCUGUGGUAGGACGUCCUGAUGAUCAUUGGGGAGAGACACCCUGCGCAUUUGUGAAACUGAAGGAUGGGUGUGGUAAUGUUACUGCUGCAGAUAUAAUUAAGUUCUGUAGAGAUCACUUGCCACAUUAUAUGGCUCCUCGUUCUGUUGUUUUUGAGGAUCUACCGAAAACCUCUACUGGAAAGACACAGAAGUUCGUUCUCAGGGAUAAAGCAAAUUCCAUGGGGAGCCUUUUUCACAACAAAACCAGCAAACUUUGAGAUAUGAUGACCUAAACACCUAAUUGCGGUCUACAUCUUUGUAAUUUCUUUCCUUACACAAUUUGUCAUAAUUAUUAUUUUUCUUCAGUAUUUUACUUACAUAUAACAUUCAUUAUAAUAGCAGGGCAAGAUGGUCAGAAUACCUUGCUUUUAAGUUAAUUUUUGAAAUACGAAGUAGUACCUUAAUAUUUUUUUGUCAA